AUAUUUUUGAUGAAAUAUUUACUAUCAGUGUUCGGAGUACAAAGGGUUUAAGCCAAAAAAAUCGUGAUCCAAUUUAUUCCCAUAAGAACACGAGAAUUUCAUCAUUCAUCUUCACUCUUUCGAUUUCGAUUUCACAAUCGCAUUCUCUCUCGCACACCGUAACCUCAUCGAUAAUCAAUUCAAGUUGUUUUCCGAUAGUGUAGAAGGAUUUGUUGAGAUGAAGAGACGGUUAGCUAUUUCAGAUGAUGAACCUGAAUCUGAGACUGAGUUUCAGUCUCUUCUUGUAUCGAAUUAUCAUCUUGAAGAUGACGAAGAUGAACCUGUGUCUUUUUCUGUUUUGCCGAUUCAAUGGAGUGAUUCCAAGGUUUCUAAUGUUGAUGAUGACAAAAGAGGGAAGACAUUCCUACACGGAACUUCUGAUAGUGGAUUGCAGAAGAUUUUCAUGCAGGUUACUGCUUGGAAGUUUGAUAUUUCUGGUUUGAAACCUGAGGUAUUGUUGCUAUCAAAGGAUGGAAGGUGGAUCAAGCUUCAGAAGCCACGGAAAAGCUUUCAGGAUGUUAUUAAAACUGUUUUAAUUACGCUUUACUUUCUUCAUUGUGUUAAGAAGAAGCCUCGAUUAUCUACUGUGUCUUUUUGGAGUAACUUGUGUAAGGAUAGGGAUUUGAGCUCUUAUGGGUUUAAACCUUCACACAAGGAUUUACUGGAUCAUAUGCCUUUGAUUGGUGAAGCUACCAGAAGAGAUGUUGUCUUGGCUCGGUCUAAGCUUUUGCUCACAGUUUUAGGGGACAAGCCAGAGUAUCAAAAACUAUCUUAUGAGGAAUUUGAAGAUUUGUCACAACCUGGGUUUAGAGAUGAUGAUACUGACAAUGACAUCAUCGAUGAAACUGAUGAAGACUCAAAAGUAGAGGAUGAUUUGUUUGAUUCUGUUUGUGCAAUAUGUGACAAUGGUGGUGAUCUUCUAAUGUGUGAUGGAGCAUGCAUGAGGUCAUUUCAUGCUACUAAGGCGGAUGGUAGGGAAUCUCUGUGUGAUUCUCUUGGUUUUACAAAGAAGCAAGUUGAUGAUAUUGAGACAUUUUAUUGUAAAAAUUGCGAAUAUCGUCAGCAUCAAUGCUUUGCAUGUGGCGAGCUGGGUUCUUCUGAUAAAGAUAAGGGUGCUGAGGUCAUUAAAUGUGCUUCUGAAACAUGUGACCGUUUCUACCAUCCACAUUGUGUCGCAAAGUUACUCCCCCCUGAGAAACAUAUUGCUGAGGGGAAACCCUUUACCUGUCCAAUUCAUUUUUGUUGUGUCUGUAAAGGAUUGGAGAAUAAGAUGGAACAUGAGUUGCAAUUUGGAGUUUGUAACCGAUGUCCAAAGUCAUAUCAUCGCAAAUGUUUGCCAAUAGGGAUUGCUUUUGACAUCGAUGGUGUUCAAACAAGGGCUUGGGAAGGUCUUUUGCCAAACAAUCGCAUUCUUAUAUAUUGCUUAAAUCAUGAGAUCAUUGAUAAGCUUGGGACUCCUGUAAGAGAUCAUGUGAAAUUCCCCGACAUUGGAGCUAGUGUUCUGGAAAAUAAUAUUUCUAAUAAGAGGAUGAAGCCUACAACUAAAGAGAGAGGUAUAUUGGAGAACAAUGUUAGUUUUAUUAAAUCAUCUGGGAAGAGCACUGCAAAUCAUGAGAUCAAUGAGAAGCUUGGGACUCCUGUAAAAGAUCAUAUAAAACUCCCCGAUGCUAAAGCUAGUGUUCGGGAAAGUAAUACUUCUAGUAAGAGGUUGAAACCUACAACUAAAGAGAGAGUUAUAUUGGAGAACAAUGUUGGUUAUGAUGAAUCAUCUGGGAAGAGCACUGCAGCAGGAUCUAAAGUAACUAGGGAGACAGUUCUAGCAUUGGAGAACAAUUUUGGCUUUGAUAAAUCAUCUGGGAAGAGCACUGCAGCAGGUUCUAAAGCAACCAACGAGAGAGUUGCAUUGGAGAAUAAUGUUGACUUGUUUAAAUCAUCUGGGAAGAGCACUGCAGCAGCAUCUGAAGUGACUGGAAAAUUGCCUUCAAAUAAAUCAAAAUCAAAUGAAACAUCCGGAAGGGUUUUGACUGAAAAUAAGAAGUCGGUCUCAAACCUAACUGGUCAGAAAUUGAAUGCUUCUAUGAGUAUUAAACCAACCCAGCAUGACAAUCAUAUCGAUGAUGCAGAUAAUGAAACCCUGUCAAUCAAGCCUAUAGGAACUAUAUUGCCUCCAGCUCCUAUGAGUAAAGGUUUAAAACAAAGCAAGCAGCUUGAUGAUGCAGAUGAUCAGACCCUGUCAGUCAAGCCUAUUAGAAGUGUAUUGUCUCCACUAGAUGCUGAUUCAGAGAAAGGUUUGGUGGAUUCAUUUAAAGAAGCCAGAUCCUCAAUAUUGUUGGAGGGUGUGGUAGGAAAGCAAAAGUUGGGAGAUGUUGAGGACAAGCUGGUGCUGAAUCAUGAUCUCCCAGAGUCAAUUGGUAUUCAAGAAGAACAAGUAUGUGUAAAUGAAAGUCAGAAAAGAAGCUCCAGGCUUGGUAGUCUUGAUGGGGAGAGUGAUAAGAGACAGGAGUUUAAGAUGAACCAGUCUUGGAAGACAUCUGGGAAGAGAAAACAAAUCAAGAAAAAUGAUAGAAGAGGACUGGGUGUGUCCUCACAAUUGUUUACAGAAAAAGAUGCGCUCUCUAAAGCCAAAACCAAAACGCGGCCUGUAAAAGAAGGGUCUAGCCAUCAGAGGAAAACUCGUAGUGAGACUAAAAGUUUCCAGACUCCUGAACGUGUUGUGCCCGCAGGUUUUGCAGCUGGUCCUAAUUAUGAAUAUUCCCUCCACCAUUCAGCAGGUUGGCUUGAUGAGUAGGUUUUACAUGUAAUACAGUGUAUGAUUUAGAUUUAAGGAAUUUUGAUAUAUGUAUUGUACAUAGAGAUUUUGGAUUUUGGUUCUCUUAGAUUAGUCGGAUAAGCUUAUUUCUUUGCCA